ACGAUGCAAAUACCAUCUUGGGUGACCAGAUAAAGGCACUGGUUGGCCAGUUAGUCCUCUUCAACCAAGGCCUUCGCGAAUUGAGGAAAGACAUCAGGGAGCAGGUGAAGGAGAUGUCUCUGAUGCGGAACACGGUCUUGGAAUGCCAAAUCUGUGGUUUUCACGAGCAUCGGUCCAAGUGCGAGCCCAGCCCCUGCUUCGAGAGCGUGGCCUGCAUGGAGACGUACGGGCACCCGGGGUACCGUUGCGGACCCUGCCCCGAGGGCUUCACGGGCAACGGUUCGACCUGCAGCGACAUCGACGAGUGUUCCUUUGCCAAUCCGUGCUUCUCCGGGUCGAAAUGCCUGAACGCGGAGCCGGGAUUCAGAUGUGAGCCGUGCCCCGCCGGGUACAGGGGGACCGCGGUCGCUGGCGUGGGCAUCGACAACGCCAAGACCGUCAAGCAGGUUUGCCUGGACGUGGAUGAAUGCAAUGACAAUAACAAUGGCGGUUGUACCUCCAACUCCAUCUGCGCCAACACGGUGGGCUCGUUCGAGUGCGGUCCGUGCCGCGGGGGUUUCGUGGGGAACCAGACGACCGGCUGCCGCCAGCGCAAGUCGUGCAGCAGCUCGCGGUUCAACCCGUGCGACGUCAACGGCCAGUGCAGCAUCGAGCGCAACGGAGAGGCCUCCUGCCGGUGCAAAGUGGGCUGGGCUGGUAACGGCUACGUCUGCGGCCCAGACACCGACAUCGACGGAUUCCCCGACAGCGACCUGCCCUGUAUCGACAACCACCGGCACUGCAACAAGGAUAAUUGCCAGUUGACGCCCAACUCGGGGCAGGAGGACGCAGACAAGGACGGUGUGGGGGAUCAGUGCGAUGAUGAUGCCGAUGGCGACGGCAUCAGGAACGUGCAGGACAACUGCCGGUUGGUCCCGAACCGCGACCAGCAGAACUCCGACACGGACUCAUUCGGUGACGCGUGUGACAACUGUCCCAACGUCCCCAACAACAGCCAGCGGGACACGGACAACAAUGGGGAGGGGGACGCCUGUGACAACGACAUCGACGGUGACGGAAUUCCCAACGGUCUGGACAACUGUGGGGGGGUUCCCAACCCGCUACAGACGGACAACGCAGACGGUUUCGUAGACCCUGCGACAGCUGCCCCGAACCUCAGCAACCCCACCACACAGACCGAUGCCGACGAUGACCUUGUGGGUGACGCUUGCGAUAGUAACCAGGACGGAGACGGGGACGGCCACCAGGACUCGAGGGACAACUGUCCGGAGAUGGCCAACAGCUCGCAGCUGGACUCCGACAAUGAUGGCCUGGGGGACGAGUGCGAUGAGGAUGAUGACAAUGAUGGCGUUCUUGACCAUGGGCCCGACAACUGUCGACUCGUCCCCAACCCCAACCAGAAGGACACUGAUGGUGACGGGGUCGGUGACGCGUGUGAGGAUGAUUUUGAUAACGACACCGUUUUGGACGAGUUUGACGUUUGCCCAGAGAGUUCGGAGGUCACGCUGACCGAUUUCCGCGCCUAUCAGACGGUGGUGUUAGAUCCUGAGGGGGACGCACAGAUAGAUCCCAACUGGGUGGUCCUCAACCAGGGGAUGGAGAUCGUUCAAACAAUGAACAGUGACCCGGGUCUGGCCGUCGCCCUCGGCGUCCGGGCGGAGUACCUGCGCAACGCCCUGUGGAACACGGAGUCUACGCCCGGCCAGGUGAGACUGCUGUGGAAGGACCCACGAGACGCAGGCUGGAAGGACAAGACCUCGUAUCGCUGGCACCUGGUUCACCGCCCCCAGGUGGGCUACAUCAGGUGA